AAGAAAAGAAAAAAGGGAAAAAAUUCAAAGAAAGAAAAAGAAAAGCUGGAAAAGCAGAAGACAUCAAAUAUCCCUCUUGAUCCCACAGCCUUCUUCUUCUUCUUCUUCCUUCUUUAUCUCUUCCCUAUAAAGCCGCGGUUUCUGCAGUCUUAGUUCUUUCCAUUCCAUUUUUUCUUCUUCUUCCUCUUCUUCCUCCUCUUCCUCUUCAGCUGUAAUGAAAUUCGAAGAAUGGAACCUGAAGCAACAGUCGGAACAGAUAUGCAGGACUAUUGAGGUUGAUAAGAUUGAUCACCAUCGCAGUGUUUCACCUGUGGUCGUGAUGGAAGCUUCCGAAGACUGCGAGAGCGAUGGCGACGGCCUCUAUAUCCCACCCCUCAACUUUUCCAUGGUUGAUAAUGGCAUUUUUCGCUCCGGCUUCCCUGACUCUGCUAACUUCUCCUUCCUCCAAACCCUAGGCCUCCGCUCCAUUAUAUGUCUAUGUCCGGAGCCGUAUCCGGAGCACAACAUGGAGUUCCUCAAGUCGAACGAGAUUAGAUUGUUUCAAUUUGGAAUUGAGAGCUAUAAGGAGCCUUUUGUGAGCAUCCCAGAUGAUAAGAUUCGUGAAGCACUGAAAGUCGUCCUUGACGCAAGGAAUCAUCCAGUUCUCAUACACUGCAAGAGAGGAAAGCAUCGAACAGGUUGUCUUGUAGGAUGCCUAAGAAAAUUGCAGAGGUGGUGCCUCACUUCCGUGUUUGAUGAGUACCAGAGAUUUGCAGCUGCAAAAGCUAGAGUUGCAGACCAGAGGUUUAUGGAGUUGUUUGAUAUCUCUAGCUUGAAGCAUCUGCCCAUGUCAUUCUCAUGCUCAAAGAGCAUCUUUCAGUUAAUCGCUAAAGAACAUCUCUGGUUCUUUCAAAGACGAAGGCUCGAAGCUCAGUGGGAAAAGAAUGGCGACCACUCAAUCUGAGGUAUUUACUCAUAAUUCUCGCUUUGAUUUCUUAUGGAACUCUUAUCGGAUUCAUUCAGUGUACUGGAAACUGUGUUUCUUUAUAUGAAAUAAUUAUUAUUAUGAUAAUGAAAUUCAGUCACAAAUGAUUGGAGGGGCAUGUUAAAUCAAGUGGAUGGUGGGCUAUUUAUUUC